AUGUCGGCAGCAGCAGGUACAACCCGCAAGCUCAAGGUGCUCAUGGCACACGGCUAUACCAGCAACAAGUUCCAAUUUCAUAAAAGAUCUGGUGCUAUCCGCAAAGCAUGCCGUGACGUGGCCGACUUCAUCUUUAUCAACGGUCCGCUAAUUGUACAGCCUAUCACAUGGGCUGGUGACCUCGAUACCCCCGACGCCGAAGAAGGCAAAGUCAUCGACGAAAACACGCCAAUCGAGGAGCAGCCAAGAGCAUGGUGGAGGGCUGAUGACGAUGGAAACUACCUGGAUUGGGACAAGUCGGUCGACUACAUCAACGAGGUUCUGAAGACGGAAGGACCUUUCGAUGGCAUUGUAGGGUUCUCGCAAGGAGGCUGUCUUGCAGGUAUUCUGGCGAGUGCCUUCGAAAAGCCAGAGCGAAUGCCUGGUUUGAAGCUGCCAAAAGAGCAAGGUGCUUUCAAGUUUGCCGUGGCGGUCUCGGGUUUCAGGAGCAGAGAUCAAUUGCACCAGAAGCUCUUCGAGACGCCGAUCGAGACCCCUGUCCUGCACGUACUUGGAAGGGCUGAUCAGAUCGUCGAGUUGGAGCGCUCGCAGACGCUCGUAGACGUUUGCAAGAACUCGAGGGUGGAGCUUCACGACGGUGGACACUCGUUGCCUUCUCAGGCUCCUUGGCGCAACUUCUUCCGCGACUUCUUUAGCACCUUCACUUCGGACCCUUACGUCCCCAACGAUGAGUGGAAGAAGAUCCCUGGCCCAUCCGAGCGUCCACGCGGCGAGACACCCGCCGGAUCUGGCACCGUCACUCCAACGCGCGAAGCAGCCACCGAGGCAGCGACAAACUCUUCAGCAGUGACCACAGCAUCAGACGCAGGUGAGCGAGACAUCGAUCCAUCGAAUCCUGCACGAUCCGUUCCUAAGAAGAAAGCCAAUUCGCCUUUCCUGGUGCAUCAGAAGUGGAAACAAGAGCAGGAGCUGAGAAGAAGGAAGGCGGAAGAACAAGGCUCUAACGGUGGAAGCGGGAAGAGCAAAGGUAGGAGCCGAAGCCUAGAAGAGCCGACGACCGAUUUGAACGGUCCGGUAAGGAUCAUCAUGAAGCUGUUUAGAUUCUUGAUCAUGGCAACCGCAGCGGUGAUGGUGGCGGGUUUCUUCAUUGCUGGUGAUCCGCUGUGGGGUUACCGAGGCAAGUAUACGAGGUUGAGGACGUAUAUGCCUUAUCGAGAGAAGAUCUUUUCGCUACCAGAACUCGCCAUGUACAAUGGUCGCGACCCUAAGAAGCCUGUCUAUAUUGCCAUCCUCGGCGAUGUCUACGACGUUUCAGCUGGACGACACAUCUACGGUCCCGGUGGAUACUAUUCUUUCUUCAGUGGCAAGGAUGCCAGCCGAGCCUAUGUGACAGGAUGCUUCAAGACCCACCUUACCUACGACGUGCGAGACUUUGGUGACAAGCAGAUGAACGAUCUGGUUUCAUGGCGUGACUUUUACGCAAACCACGACAAGUACUACAAGGUUGGAAGGGUGGUUUUGCCACCCAUUGAUCCUAGUGUACCUGUGCCGGAACCGUGUAAAGAAUCCGUCGGGCAGAAGACAUAG